AUGAAGUUCGCUGUCGCAAUCUUCAGUGCCACACUACUGGCCACGUUCAUCAUUGCUUCUCCUCUCGCCUCUCAGCGUGAGGCGGACAGUGAAAUACAGCGAUCUGCCCAAGCUCCGCGCCGCACAACCCGACCUCACAACCCGGGUACCUCGGAAGUACUUUAUCUGAAUCAAACAUCCCAGGAGACUUACAGCUCAAACUGGGCCGGGGCUGUGCUUAUUGGUACCGGAUUCACUUCGGUAUCUGGAGAGAUCACGGUUCCUAUCCCCCACCUUCCAAAUGGUGCUAAUUCCUACACGAACUACUGCGCAUCUGCAUGGGUCGGCAUCGACGGUGAUACUUGCAGUACAGCCAUUCUACAAACAGGAAUCGAUUUCUGUAUUCAAGGAGGUUCCACGUCAUAUAACGCGUGGUACGAAUGGUAUCCAGACUACGCCCGUAACUUUAGCAACAUCCAAAUUUCGCCCGGAGAUGUGACCAAAAUGACAGUCGACGCAACUUCCAAGAGUUCCGGUUUCGCUACUAUUGAGAACCUAUCCACAGGUGUAUCUGUGACGCAUAUAUUCCCUUAUAGCCUUGGGGGUGACCUCUGCGAAUUCAACGCCGAAUGGAUUGUGGAGGACUUCUCUAUAAACAACGCGUUGGCUCCUUUUGCCGACUUUGGCACCGUAGUGUUCUCCAAUGCAGUUGCCUCGCGCGGUGGGAAUACUUAUGGGCCGUUGGGUGCUACCAUCAUGGACAUCUAUCAGGAUCGGAUUCUCACAUCUUCUUCUGUUACCAGAAAUACCGUCACUAUCAGUUACAUUUAG